AAAUCAUAAACAAAUUAACCAUCACUCAGAAGAGUACAAACAACUGCAGCAAGCAUAGAGUAGUUUUCUUCUCAACUCGGUAACACCAUCAUCAUCAUCCAGACCGUGCACAUCGUUUUCCUCGCGCCAGUUUGUGUGUGUUUUCUAAGUGAAGAAGCAACAACAGCAGCAAUCAGUAAUCAUGAAGGUCUUCGCCGCUAUCGCCGUGAUUUCGCUGGCAGCUCUAGCCCUUGCCGAACCACCAUCGCCCCGUAGCAACUAUCUGCCCCCGAACCAGCAACAAGGCGGUUUCAAUGGGAAUAACGGUUACAACUAUAACACAAACAAUAACGGCUACAACUACCCCUCCGCUCCCUCCUCGCAGUACGGAGCCCCAUCGGGUGCUGGUUCCAGCGACGGGUACAACUAUGCUGAUGCAAACGCCGAACCGGCCAAAUACUCCUUCGAGUACAAAGUCGAGGACUACCAGUCUGGCAAUGACUUCGGGCACAUGGAAUCCCGCGAUGGAGACCGCACCGUUGGACGGUACUAUGUCCUCUUGCCCGAUGGUCGCAAGCAAAUUGUAAACUACGAAGCCGACCAAAACGGAUACCGCCCAACCAUCACCUACGAAGAUACCGGAGCUGGCCAGAACGGAGCCGGUGGCUACCCGAACAGCCAAGGUGGAUUCCAGGGAUACUAAACUGAACCCCGUAUCAAUCCUCGAGCACAAUCAAUCUUUUAUUAGGAACCAAUUUACACCAUAGGUUAUUGUUUUAGUGAAUUACCUUCCAGUCCCGCAUAUUCGCAGCUUCCAGUGCCGACAGCAAACGAGAAUUCCACAACUCAUUCUGUUCCCUUAUGGCCAGUAUCGCGGAUAGUUUCGAAUUCUCGAUUGGCCAACCAGGCGCUGGAACGAUUGCUGAUCCCACAAACGUACAAGCCUCUUGCGGUAAAACCAAUUAAGAUUCGCAAAAAAAAAAUGAGCACCCUAUCCCAACAAACAAACACACAUACAAAAAAAACUGACCAACGGCUUCGAACACUGGAAAACGAUUACAAUACUUUUGAACGAGCGGCAAGUCAAAAAAAAAUAUGCUUACGAGAAAACGACGCUUUGAAAAUAAAUUCAGGAAACUGUGUUUCUAAACAUGAGAAUUUACGAAGAAAAUAAUCCAGCCAAUCAAGUUCGAUUGAUUGUUGGCUAACAAAAAAAUAACGAAACAAAAUAUUACUAUUACUCUUAACGUUAGUUACUAUAUGUUACAAGCAAUUUUAAAAUGUGAGGAAAACGAUGAUAACUGCCAUAAAUGUUUAAGCAACGGCGAUCAAGUGCCGAGUCGCCAACUUCAAGUUGUCACUGCUGCAGUUUGAACUCCGGACGGCGCAAUGCAAGCUCCUUUUGUGACCUAGACGCAGAAAAAGAAGAAGAAGAAAACCUCUGUAAAUAAGUUAUUUGUACAUUAUUUUUUCAUCUUUUUCAUCGCAUUGUAAUGUUACACGAAUUUUAUGUUAGAAGAAAGACAAGCAAAACUGUAACGGUUAAGAUGAUGGAUAAUAAAGAGACGACGCGACACGAUCGGCACUCCCAGCUUGACGCAACCGGAACUGGGACGAGCUUAACUGGAGUGACCCCCCGGGUCCCGGGAGCUUGGGAGUGGUUGAUUGUUCGAGCUUUGUGGAACGAA